AUUAAUCACAGGGGCGGCCCCACGGAGGAGGAAGGAAGAUCUCUAUGGCUUACCAUAAAGAAGGUCAGGCACCCAGUAGCAGGCCGAAGGACCUGUGCCCAAGGCCAUGAAGCUGGGACUCACCUUGGUGCUGUUCUCUCUGCUGGCAGGCCACUGUGGAGCUGACACCCGCGCUGUGGGAGCCCGGGAAUGCCAGCGCAACUCUCAACCCUGGCAGGCCGGCCUCUUCUACCUCACUCGACAGCUCUGUGGAGCCACGCUCAUCAAUGACCAAUGGCUGCUCACAGCUGCUCACUGCCGCAAGCCGUACCUGUGGGUCCGCCUCGGGGAGCAUCACCUGUGGCAGUGGGAAGGCCCUGAGAGGCUGCUUCUGGUAAAAGACUUCUUCCCUCAUCCCGGGUUCAAUCCAGACCUCUCUGCCAACGACCACCAUGAUGAUAUUAUGCUGAUCAGACUCCCUCGGAAGGUCCGGCUGAGUCCAGCUGUGCAACCCCUCAACCUCACCCAGAGAAUACCACAAGUGGGCACCCAGUGCCUUAUCUCCGGCUGGGGCAGUGUGUCAAGCUCCAAAAUACAGUAUCCAAUGACACUGCAGUGCGCCAACAUUAGCAUCCUGGACAACAAGCUCUGCCGCUUGGCAUACCCAGGCCACAUCUCUGAGAAGAUGCUGUGUGCUGGCCUGUGGGAGGGUGGCCGAGGCUCUUGCCAGGGUGACUCUGGGGGACCCCUGGUGUGCAAAGGAACCUUGGCAGGUAUAGUGUCUGGGGGGUCUGAGCCUUGUUCCAGACCCCAGAGACCCGCUGUCUACACUAGCGUCUUCCACUACCUGGAUUGGAUUGAAGACACCAUGGAAAAAAACUGAGUCCAUGCUAAGGACAGACUGGAGAGGAAGAUGGAUGUAGAAGGGGAAGAUACUGCAGGAUUCCACAGCCCCAGCUUCUUUGAUGUCUGUCAAAGUCCGGGAUGAUAAAACUCUACCCCCUCAGGCUCUGACCCCCAGAUUUCACUCCUUACUUAGGCUCCCCUCGAAGAAUCCACCCACUUAGGUCAUCUUCCCUCUUGGGUUCUGCUCCCAGGCAAAUGAAUUAUAAUAAGACCACAACCCCUCAAAACCAACCGAGACACGCCUCCUUUGCUCCUGGCCCAUACUACACGAUUUUAAUCACCAUUCUUUGGAAUAGCCCUACCCUCAGGAUCACUGCCAAGAAAUAUCGUUCAGUAAAUAGCUGCUGCAUCCCUUCAAAUUUCACCCAAUAGGAUUUCUUCUCUGGACUCCAUCCCGUUUGCCCCCACUCCUAGUCAUGUUAGGACUGCGUUUACUCCGCGCACAUGGAGCUCAGAUGGCUCUGGGUUCUGUCCCGGGUGUGCCGAGGGUUUGACUCUUGAGAGAGGAUGAUGGGGCACUGAUCUCUCCAGAGCCACCAGAUGAAUCAGAAUAAACCAUAGGAACGAU